GACAGUUCCACUCCGCCAACGCUCCAUUCCAACUUCUCACUAAUUGAUGAAUCACCCUUCUCCUUCUGUCUAUGGAAACUGAAAGUUGUCGAGUUUCCCCCCUCUACAGAGUUUCUCCCUUCUUCGACUCCGUCAUCGCUUCGCCCCUCCCCCUUUGCUCAGCCAGCUGUUUACCGCCUAACCUAAGUCGUUUCUACCUCCGCUCUUGAGUCCAGAUCCCCUCUCGCACCAUACUAGAGUAGAUAAACACGAUGGCCACCUCGGUAGCGCCUUCGGAAGACCAGAGCCGUCUCUUGGAGGAGGCAUUGGGGGUGGUGCGCCAGCAAUCGGGCAUGAUGCGGAAAUGCCUGGAGACCCCGGGGAAGCUUAUGGAUGCGCUCAAAUGCGGGUCGACAUUGGUCUCUGAGCUUCGAACGCCCAGUUUAGGCCCCAAGCAGUACUACGAACUGUACAUGGCUGUCUUCGAUGCUUUGCGCCACCUCUCCGUCUACCUGAAAGAGAACCACCCGGUCAACCACCUCGCCGAUCUGUACGAAUUGGUUCAAUAUGCGGGAAACAUUAUCCCCCGACUUUACCUCAUGAUUACAGUGGGCACGGUGUAUAUGUCUGUGGAGGAUGCACCAGUUAAGGAGAUCAUGAAGGAUAUGAUGGAGAUGAGUCGAGGUGUACAACACCCGAUCCGCGGGCUAUUUCUGAGGUACUACCUCUCCGGCCAGGCGAGGGACUACCUGCCGUCGGGAACUGGGGACGGCCCCGAGGGAAACCUACAGGACUCGAUCAACUUUGUCCUUACCAAUUUCGUGGAAAUGAAUAAGCUAUGGGUUAGACUUCAACACCAGGGACCUUCGCGGGAGCGGGAGAAGAGGAUGCAAGAGCGCCGUGAACUGGAGCUGCUGGUGGGUAGCAAUGUUGUUCGCCUUAGCCAGCUGGUGGAUCUGGAAACCUACAAGUCGGGAAUUCUGCAAGCCCUGUUGGAGCAGGUUGUUCAAUGUCGGGAUGUUUUGGCGCAGGAAUAUCUACUUGAAGUUAUUACGAAAGUGUUCCCGGAUGAGUUCCACCUUCAUACGCUCGAUUUAUUGCUUUCAGCCAUUGCGCGCCUGAAUCCCCAUGUCGAUUUGAAGAAGAUCAUUAUAGGACUUAUGGACCGCUUAUCGUCAUAUGCGGCCCGCGAGGGUGAGACUUCUACCGAUCCGGAUACAAAGAAGCAAAAAGAAGAGGAUGCCGUUGCAAAGCUCCUUGAGAACCUUAAGGUGUCCGAAGAAACCAAGAAGGAAAAACCGAAGGAGGAUGCCCCCGCAGCUGCUACCGAGAAUGGCGUUGAGCAGACACAGAAUGAGACAGAACAAGGCGCUCAAUCGACCGAAGAACCAGCAACAAACGGGGGCAAUGACGACAAGAAGCCUAGCGAGCCCCAAGAUGUCAAGCUGUAUGACAUCUUCUAUGAACAGGUGGUCAGCAUUAUCAAGUCACGCGGCCUUCCCAUUCAAGAUACUAUGGCGCUACUCGUUUCACUUGUCAACCUUGCCCUCAACACAUACCCUGAGCAGUUAGAAUACGUUGAUCAAGUUCUUCACUUUGCUACUAAAGAAACGGCCGAAUAUGCUGAUCACGCAGAUCUACACGCCGCACCGACUCAACAAAACAUCUUACACCUUCUUAAUGCACCACUCCGCUCAUACAUUUCGAUUUUCACAGCCUUGGCUCUUCCUCAUUACCUCCCUCUCUUGUCAAAUCAGCCCUACCCUACACGACGGUCUGUCGCGGGCGAAAUCUCCCGGAGCCUCCUUAGGAACCAUACACUUAUUACCUCUACUGAGAAUCUGGACCGCGUACUACAGGCUCUCAGGGUAUUAAUAAAGGAAGGCGUACAGCAAGGCGGAGGCUACCCUGGAUCACAGCGACGAGGCGAAUCAGACGAAACAAUCGAGGAGCAAGGAUGGUUGGCAAGGAUAGUUCACUUGUUGCAGGCGCCAGACAACGACACUCAGCUCAAGCUCCUUCAAGCUACCCGCAAAUCAUACCUAGACGGCAACGAGAGGAUCCGAUACACAUUCCCCGCCAUAAUUAGCUCCUCUAUCCGUCUGGCACGGAAAAUCAAAUCCCGCGAGCAUUACGAUGACAACUGGCAGUCACAAUCAUCCACACUCUACCGAUUCAUGCAUCAAUGCGUCAACAACCUGUAUCAGCGUGUUAAUCCUGGGUGUGCUGAGCUAGCGUUGCGCCUCUUCGUAAUGUGCGGCGAGGUAGCCGAUCAGACUGGCUUUGAAGAAUUCAGCUACGAAUUCUUCGCUCAGGCCUUUACCAUCUACGAAGAUUCAAUUAGCGACUCCCGAGCUCAGUUCCAAGCCGUCUGCAUUAUUGCUGGAGCUCUCCAUGGUAGCAGGGGCUUCUCCAGAGAAAACUACGAUACCCUUAUCACUAAGGCUGCCCUUCACGGUAGCAAGCUCCUCAAGAAACCUGACCAAUGUCGCGCGGUAUACCUAGCUAGCCACCUGUGGUGGGUUAUCGAGAACCCACAAAGAGGCGAAGAAGACCCCAAGGAUCUUUACCGCGACGGCAAACGCGUUCUUGAAUGUCUUCAACGUGCCCUCCGCGUGGCAGAUGCCUGCAUGGACACCGCUGUUUCCGUGGAGCUUUUCGUCGAAAUUCUCAACCGCUACGUAUACUACUUCGAUCAGCAAAACGAAAGCGUGACAAUAAAGUACCUAAACGGCCUGAUCGAACUCAUCCACUCAAAUCUCCAGACGGACCAGGAUGAUCCCAAUCCUGCGCUCGAGAACCCCAAGAAACAUUUCUAUCGUACGCUGGAUUAUAUUCGCACGAGAGAGUUUGAGGGCGUUGUCACAGAAGCCAGGUCUUAGCCUACCCAAGAUCCUAUUGAGACGUUGAUUCUAUAUUCUUUCAACUUUGUAGAGCUUCCUUGGGCGUACUUAUCAUCCUGCUAUUGGAAGUUUACACUACUGUUUUGUUUGCCUUGUUGUUUGUAUGUAUGUAUGUAAGAGAUUCCCUUUCCCUUUCGUCGCCAAGCCUUUUCUCUCUCUUCCCAUACGAGCGUGAGCCUUUCAGAUACUUAUUCUUUCAUCUCAUCUUCCUCAGUAGAGACCUAGAUCUUAUUGAAUAUACUACCACAGGUGGAUGUAUCAUCCUAUUCGAUUGAGGCCCUCAUCAUUCCCACUGCCUCAUUCAUUUACUUCCUAGCCAGCGUGAAUGUCAAUGUCAAAUCAAUAUCAAACACCGCAUUAUAAUAAAUUCAAGAGUCAAGAUCGAGGCCU